AGCCCAGCGCAUGCUCAAUCGAUCUGAGCUGUGAGAUCUACCUGCGGAUUAUAGAAAUCUGCGUGAACCUAUUUUUCGAAGUUGUAGGUUGCAGUGCUGGCUCCCCGAACCACUGCAAUGCACGCAGAUGCUCAUUGUAUCAUUCAGUGUCGUCUUCACUGUGGGCUGUUGAAGGCCCAUUGGUCAGGAUCAGCCAUAUUGACUGGAAUGUACUCUAGCAAGAACACUCUAGAACAAAUCAGAUACCGAAUGUGCGGAGGCAGCUUCUUCGCAAUUGAGGGUCUGUACGUCAUCGCCAGGCUAUAUCUCAGCCUCCACAAGACUUCUCAAUCAUCACACCGCAACAUACCACACCACGUUUAUCGAACGUCUUCAGUUAUCACGGGUUCACCGCGCGAUAUUCUUUGUAGCAUCUACUACAUAGUGUUUGGCAACAAAGAGGGUAACGAUCAGACGGAGCAGUGCCCCAUCCGCCAGGAUGUCGUGGGCGAAGACAAGAACUCAGUAUAUUUGGAGAUGGCGGUCAUCUUCAAGGCCACCUGCGCUCACUGGGGAAACCCGACCUACUCUGAGGACCAGAGCAUGACUGAAGCAGAGUCGAUGCGCAGUUGGCCAGAGCCAAAGUACUAGUGCGGCUAAGAGAAGUCUCGGUCUUCUCCCGGCACAUAUGGUAGUCAGAGGGAUACGGAUGAGAUGUCUCCCACUCAUGAGGUUCGUCUGCCUUGAAUUUUAUAGCUACGAAGACAAUCUCUGUCACUUUGCUAGGUUGCCUUGUUUUGAGGUAACAUCUUCCUUCACUGGACAUCCCCCAAAUAGCUGCGAGAAGAGCGGCGACGAGUAGCAGUGGCGAUCUCUAUCAAGGAUACAGUAUGAAUCAACCGAUAUCAGCGUUGGCUUGAGGACACCGCCAUUGAAGAUGCACUUUUUGACUUACGCUCUUACUCCC